ACACACACUGGUUUCCGGCCCCAGGGUCUCUGUAACGGCCUCACUUGCUUCAAGAGCUUCAGUUCACAACGCGUAACCAGUUCGAGUGGCUCACACGUAAACCUGCUCUCUGGAUUCUCUUCAUGAGGAUGAAGUCUUCUUCGAUCUCUUGGAAGUGAUUUGCGAUCAGUUGGCAUGAAUCGAUUUCGUGGAUUUGUUAGUGUUUUGCGUUGUUCGAUGAAGAAGUUUGGCUAUCGAAACUGCUAGUGAGUAAUUUGAGUUCCGCACUCAUUUUUUUUUUGUUUUCUUUAGAAACAUUGUGAUAUUAUUUAUUGUGAAUGAUGAUGCUUUCGAAAGCAUUGUGGUACUUUUUCUUGUCAUGUUUUGUCUGUCAUAUGGUACUUUGUGAUACACUGUUGGAUAGUGGUGUGGUGCAAGAUGAUAGAAAAACGGACAAUAAAGAAGAUUCUAGUAUGAAUGGAGGGACUGUUUUGAGUAAUGAAUUUUCUUCUGACACAAUUUCGGACAGUUCAGAAGAGAGUAACAGUUUGCGAUCUACUGAAAAAAUGGAUUUAAGUUCAGAAGAAAAUCAGGGUUCAAUAGUAACGACAGUUUCAACCGAUGAAUCUAGUAAUUCAGACUCACAUACAAUUGAAUCAACCGAUACUCCUAUAUCAAUUACAUUUAAAACUGAUGCCAAGAAAGAUAUGAAAAAGAAACACAAAUUGGCUUUUAAGAAGAAGGAUAUGACUUCAGAAGACGAGGAAUCCGACAGUUUAAAAUUUCAAGAUCAUGAUUCCGAAAUGCAUUCGUCCACCAUGAGUACUGAUGACGAAAUGACAGAAUCAGUGAGUACUGUAGAAUCGGAAACUGAAUCGAAAUUAAUUGAAACAUCUGAACAGGAUUCGUCUACAGAGUUAAAUCGAGAUCCAAAACACGAAGACAUCAGUUCAGAUAGCUUCACCACUCUGACAUCAAAUAUUGAAAAAUCUGAAGAGUCUGCUGUAGAUGAUGAUCUGUCAAAAUCAGCGUUAGGUUCUGAGAAAACAGAACAUAUAUCCUAUACACCCCUUGCUGGAAUCGAAAUUGAUAUGCCUGUAAUGGAAGAAACAACACUGGGUCCUAUGGAAGCAGCGCAAACGACAACAUCUGAGAUUUUAACUCGUGAUGAUGAAGAGCAUAGCACUGCAUCAGAAAAAACCACUGUGAAUCCAAUUGACUUGCAUCAUAUGUCCAAAAAGAUAAUCGAAAACGAUAGCCUUGAUAUUAAAGAUGAGCAUGGCUUGACCGACGAGGAUAUUUUUAAUAGAGUUAAUAACAGUUUGAACAUUGAUGAAGAACAUGACCAUGAAAAUACAACAAAAACAACAGGCCAUCAAGAAAUCACCAGCACAAUGCCUCCUGGAGUUCGUAAACAGAAACAAAUGAAUUUCGACAACACGGAAGGAAAAUGUGUGUGUAACGAACCCAAAAUUAUAUUUAACCCUUCUAAUUGCGUGGGCGGGAGGACCUUAUCUGACCCAAAGUGUCCUUGUCGAAGCAUUUGUGCACGUCAAGCUGGGGAAUCCUGUUCUCCAGAAGAGCCCUGUGACGAGGAGUUUGGACUUAAGUGCAACCUUCAGACUAACACCUGCCACGGCUCUCUCGGAAUUGAAGUUCUUGAUGUGUCAGCUAAUUCUGCCAGAAUUAAAUGGGAUUCUUCUCAUUCAGAGUUGCUGCCUCAAGCUGUUGUAUAUUAUUCACCUGUUUUUCGGGGACUGUACACAGAAUGGACGAAAGUUGAUGGUGUUAAGCCAAUUUUUAAAUUGGAAAAUCUUCUACCUGGAAAAGUUUAUUAUGUUAAAGUUGAAGAAGAUGGUAAACAAGAAAUAUCCACUUUCAAGACUAAAGAAAAUGUCUUGGGAAACAUGCCUAAAGUUUUGGUCAAACAGAAAAGUCAAACUACUUUGACUGUUGUAUGGGAUGAUUUUCGUUUACCUAGUUAUCAUUCUGAAUACGUACUUGAAUAUAAACCUGCUGAUGAAAGUAAUCAAAGCUGGACUAAAGUGAAGACUGGAACUCAGACAAUUGUGACUGUUACACAUUUAGAACCCAAUACACCAUACAAUGUGAAAGUAGCUGUUUGGGAAGAUGAUAAAAUGGAACUACCCUCAGAAGUCAUUACUGCAUAUACAGCUGAUGGUUGUGUAGUAGAUAAUAAAAUAUACAAUGUUGGAGAAGAAUAUUUUAUUGAAUGUGAUUCUAGAUGUACUUGUGAUGGAAAUAACAAAACAACCUGUUCUCCUCGAUGUAAUUCACCUUAUGUAAAACUAGGCUCUAACAAUGCAGAUCCAUUAUGUUAUGAAAAACCACUAUCUUCUGAUCCAUGCUGUGUAACUAUAAGAUGCUCAAAUAGCAAAUACUCCAUAGAGACUGAAGGUGUUAAAAAUAAGACAGGAGACUGUCCUGAAAUAUUAGAAGGACCUGAAGCUGAAGAAAAGUCAUGUUUAUCUGACUGUGAUCAUGAUGGUGACUGCGAUGGUAAUUUGAAAUGUUGUCCAAGCUCUUGUGGUGGGGCUGUAUGUGUACAGCCAUUGAUGGCUGAAGAUAUAUGUGAACAUAUUUACUGUGGACAGAAUGCAAAAUGUGUGUCUGAAAAAAUGUCUUGUGAAUGUGCUGAUGGAUAUACAGGAAAUCCUCAUGAUUUCAUGAUAGGUUGUUAUUUAGCUAACUCAACAGAUACUGUUUUGAAUGGCACACAGUCAAGUAGGUCAGGAUUUCAUUUAAAUUUGGAUGAUAAAGAUGCCUCUGAAGAAAAUUAUACCAAUAAAACUAUUAUUUCUGAAGAAAAAUCUGAUGAAUCAGAAUCAAAAAAUGAGUUAGAAACUGAUAACCAUGAACCCAAAAUGCCAGUUGCAACUGAACCUCCUUUUCAACUUGAUCUUACUUCUAACAGUAAUCACAGUAUGGAUUCUUUAAAUAUUUCUGCUAAUUCAGAUGUCAUGUCUAAUAAUUCUGCUGAAACAAUUAUCAAUGAAGAAGAAAAUUUCCAUUUUAAGAAACCACAAGACGUAGAUUCAAGAAGUAUGGUUCCAACUGAGAUGAAGUCGGAGGAAAAUUCAAAUACAGAGCCUGAGGGUACGCAAAUGCUCUUCGAUGGUUGUGAAUAUAAUAAUAUCACUUAUGACAGAGGAGUUAAGUUUGAAGAUGGAUGUGAAGCUUAUUGCACAUGUGAAGGAAGAGGACAUGUAUCAUGUGUGCCUAGAUGCACUGUUCUUUCUGCGGGUGGUCCUACAUGCAAAGAAGUUCAAGAUCCGGAUGAUCCUUGUUGUAAAAUUAUGCUCUGCAGCUUUCCUGGAAGUACUGAAAAAGAACAAGUUGAAAGUUUACCUCUGAAAAUUUUGUCUGCAUUAGCCCAAAAUGGUACAGCUGUUCGUGUACGUUUAGCUCUGUCAAUAUCUCAACUUCCUUCAAUGGCUGGAAGAGAUUCAUUAGAAGUGUGGUAUCGAGAAUCAUCUGACAGUGAGAAUGAUCUUUCGCAGUGGAAUAAGAAACACUUAACACAAAAGGAUUUGACUGAAGUUCAGCAAGGGGUCUUUGAAUUUGAUAUUCAUGAUUUAAUACCUCAAACAGAUUAUUACAUCAAAGUUGGAAAAGAGAAUCAAGGGACACCCAACCUCAAUAUGGCUGAAUUCAGCAAUACUGUUAAUGUAAAGACCUUCGCUGCUGCUGUAAAAACAGUUUUCCAAGGCUGCUUUCAUCACAACCAAUCCUAUGCUUUGGGUGAAGUGUUUUAUCAAGGUUGUGAGCACAAAUGCAUUUGCCGAGAAAAGGGUUUUAUUGAGUGUCAAGAUCGAUGCGAAAUUUACAUCGACACAGUUGGCUAUGAAGGAUGUGAUUGGGUACCUUCAGAAGAAGAUUCAUGCUGUAUGAUUCCAAUGUGCAAUCGCCGUAAAAUUCCUCUAAUGCCUGAUGGACGAGUACCCUUUACAAGCGCAGCUGAAAACUUGUGCAUUGUUGACAACACUGAAGUGUACAGAGUAGGAGAUAUUUGGGAAUUAGAAGAUGGCUGCAAAACUAAAAUUUGUCGAUGUACCCUUCUCGGGAAUGGUAAUACAAGUAUUCAGUGCCAAAGUCAAUGUCCACCUCUCGCUCCAAAUGCUCACAUACCCACAGCACGUUGUCCUCAUCCAGUGCUCAUUAAACCAGAUGGGCCAUGCAAUUGUCCAUAUGUUGUCUGCAAUGAUGCUCCCAGGCGUAUUCAACCACCUCGCCCACAGUGUGAGUUUAAGGGUCAGCGAUAUGAUAUGGGUCAAGAGUUCCAUGAUGGAUGCAUUGCCCUUUGUCACUGUGGACAAGAUUUGAGAGUGAAUUGUGCUGCUAUAGAAUGCCCUUAUCAUUUCUCUGCUGAUAUUACUAACUGUUUAGAGUGGGACAUUGAUCCUCAUUUUUUCCCUACACCCCCUCAUUGCUGUGCUCCGGCUAAAUGCAAAAAUGAUGGCUCUUGCUUGUUAAAUGGAAGAAAGUUUGAAAACUUCCAGGAAAUCCAUGAUGAACUUCUGCCUUGUGGAACAAGAUGCUUUUGUGUCAAUGGUAAUGUAACCUGUGAAAAUACAUGUCCUCCAGUUGCAGAUGUGCCACCUGUUGAAUUACCUUGUUCUCCAAACCUGGCCUUUAAAGGUUAUGCACCUGGUGAAACAUGUUGCUUGAAAUGGAUGUGUAAAGAACCUCUAAAACCUAAUUAUUGCAUGUUUCAAGGAUCUCGAUACUUAGUGUCUGAGAAAUGGGAUGUACAGGAUUCAAAUCAACAAAAAUUGUGCAGUUGUAUACUGGCUCCCGGAGAAGAAAUACCACAUGUUGAUUGCCGUGGGGGAUGUCCACCAAUUCCUCAGAAAUUUAUGUCCCCUACUGAACAGUGUCUUCGUCCUGUUAUUGUUACUCCAGACAAUCCACUUAUGUGUCCCUAUGCUUUAUGCAAUAAUACUGUUGGAGGCCAGGAAAUGUACAAUGUCAAUGUUGUUGCCCUUAAUUCAACUGCUGUGCGAGUUCGUUUCUCUCUGUCAAAUAUUUUUGUUGGGUUGAUUGGACAUGCUGAACUUCAUUUUACUACUGAUCCUACCCUUCCACCCAACCAGUGGCACAUCCAGAAGUUUUCUCGACCAAAAAGACUUUUUGACAGCCCUAAUAUAGAAUAUAUUUUGAAUGCCUUGAGACCAAAUACCACUUAUUUCUUGCAAGUAAAAAUUAAAAUAGAUGCUCUGAGUGGAGGGCCUGAAAGUGAACUUUUCAAGCUAAGAAUGCCAGAAGAAGUAAUUGUCACUACCACAACAACUGUUCCUCCUAUGAUGAUAAUUGAAGCUAAUCCAGAAGCUCAUGUAAUUGACGCUAAAACAGUUAGAAUUUCAUGGAGAAACUUUGAUUUAAAGGAAAAGAAAUAUAUCUAUGCCAUGCAAUUGAAGUACAAGUUGAAAAAUGAGGCUGAUGAUAAGUGGAUUACAACUCCGAUGAUUCAUAGAGAUGUUACGUCAUAUUUUCUACAUGACCUUGAACCUGCUGCAGAUUACAUUGUAGAUGUUGUAUUUAUGCCUCCAAAAGAUGUGCCAACUAAAAUUGUUUCUGGAAAAGGAGUAGAAUUUAGAACUGCCAAGAAAAUUAAGGAUGAAUAUCAUUUACAAGUUUCUGUUGAAAAUAAUAAACUUGAGGAAGAUAAAUCAUCUUUCCAAUUUGCUGGUAUACCAGAACCAAUAUCAAAAUAUGUUCAUGUUAUAAAAAUCAUGUACAAGACUAGUGAUGGAGAGCAGUCCUAUAGUUUCAAAGUGCCAAAAACUAAUCAUAUCAUGCUUGAUCAUCUGAAACCAGGAAAAAAAUAUUUAGCUCAACUGGAGCUGUAUUUAACUAAUGGCCAAACACUAACAUCAAAUGAAGUAGAGUUUAUCACAAAGUCUGCAAAACAACCUCAAGUUAAUGUUUCAGAAACUGAAAAUGUUAUUAGUCAAGAAGAUCAUACGAAUGGGAAACAAGCUGAACUACUUCAAAGUAAUGAAAAUAGGGAAGAUGAAAACAGAGCUUACUUUAUUGCCUUGGUUGUUGUUGCUGUAGUAGCUGCUGUGGCUGGCUUUGGCUUCGUACUUUUAUUGGUCAUUUUAGUAAAGAGGCAAGCCUCUGCCAAAGCUCCUAUUUCCCGAACGCCGUCAGAGUCAGCUUAUGAUAAUCCUACUUAUAAAUUGAAGAAUUUGGAUUUAAAAGAAAUAUUUAGACAGACUUAUGAUACAGAGCGGCCAGAAGACAAAGUAAAUGGACAAACCAUUCAAACUACUCAAGCGUAGCUCCUAGCUACAAAAUAGACUUUUUAAGUUCAACAAUCAUGGGAUGACCUAACUAAGCAAAAAGUUCUAUCUAUAUAUUGACGUUUUUACUUGUUUAACUUAGUCAACAUAGUACUGCCAUUUAAAGAAGUGUGCUGAAAAGAAAAAUACUAAGAACUUUAUUUGUCAAUUAAAGAGAACUUAACUAAGAAGCUAUUUGAGGUUAUAAGAACAUAAAGGAGCUAUUUGAGAACAUAAAGUAGUUUGGGAAGAAUAAUUCUCUAGUGAUUUUAUAGUGAAUGAAAACUUUGUUUAUUAUUUAGAGUUACUUCUAAAUAUUAACAUGUGAAGUUUUGGUUUUAAAAACGUUCUGUUUAUAUUACAGAAGUUACUGCAUAAGUCAAAGCAAUUUUUUUAUUGCAUUUUUUUGUCUUAUUUUCAGUAAAUGAGCUUUUUUUUGUAUUUUGUGUAAGGUACAAUAAUUAACAUUUUAAAUACUUGUUGAAACUAAAUUAAAAUGACUUUUUUCUAUAUUUUAAAUACUUUUAAUUAAAUUGUCAAAUUUUCUAAAUUUGUUUAGUUAAAUCCUUAAAAAUAGAUGCAAAUCUUAUCUGAUAAUGUGCUAAUUGACUUAAUUCAAAUAAUAAUAAGUGUAAAUUUUUUAUCUAUUUUUAGGGAUGAUUUGAUAUUUUCUUAGUCUUGCAUUUUUGUACUUUUAAACUCUCUUUUUGAGGGUCGAAAAUUGUGUGAUAUUUUGCUCAAAAAGUAUAUUAUAUAAUUUUUUUUUAGAAAUUUUAUAGAAAGAGUUUUUGAGACUGUUUGAGUAAUAAAACUUGUGGAAUGUUUGGUGAUAAAAUGUUAAUUUAAUUUUUUGUGUUGAUCUUCUGUUUGAAGUUUAGUUCUUUGUUAUCUAGUGUUCUUAUGUAUAAUAUUAAAAAUAAUACUUAGCAAUCUAAGUAUUAGGCUGUAAUUAGUUUGUACAAAUUAAAAAUAGGGAUAGAGAAGGCUAGAAAUUUGUUAAAAUACUAAAUGCAAGUAAGUUAAAAUUUCAUAAUUAUAAUUAUUUUAAUAAUUAAAAGCAUUUAAUUGCAGUUUUGAAUUUCUAUGGAAUUGUGAAUCAGUAAUUAUUUUUUUGGCUAAAAUUUAAUUUUUGUAUAUCAUCAAUACUUGUACUAACCUGUAAUUUGGUAUGUGUUUUAGCAAUUAUUUCUUUAAAUAUCUUAACUUUUAAUUUUUUAUUCUUUGAAAAACUAACUGUAAAAUGUUUUUAUCUUUAUGUGUUGAUCACUGAAGAAAUCUGUACCUUUGUUUAACUUAAAUUAUUUCUUCCAAUACCUAUUUGUUGAAUUGUAUUAUAAAAUGUACAGUGAGAGAUUUAUUAUAUAUACACUAUAUCUGUGUUAUAAAGCACUAUUUUCUUACUUUGUAAAGCAUUUUAUAUGUAAAAGAAAAAUUUUAUUGUAAUGAGAAUAAAAGAAAUUUUGUAUAUAA